AUGAAGAAGACUUCUUUGAGAACUUCAAAGAGUUCUGUGAAUCAGAUAAAGACCUCCAGGCAAUAUGAUGAUUCAGAGGCAUUGGCAAAAAUUGUCAGGAGUAUGUCAAUGAAAACAGGCACCAACAAGCAGAGGAUGCUAGCCGAAGAGAUACUUAGAUAUGGAAAUGUAAAAGUUGCUGCAGAGGUUUUCACUUUCCGGGAGCUGGCUGCUGCAACUGGAAACUUCAAUCCUGAAUUGCUAAUAGGCGAAGGAGGAUUUGGGAGGAUUGUGGCUGUGAAGCAACUUGACAGGAAUGGAUUGCAAGGAAAUAGAGAAUUCCUCGCAGAGGUCCUGACAUUAGGUCUCGUUCACCACCCAAACCUCGUGAAUCUGAUUGGGUAUUGUGCUGAUGGCCGACAAAGAAUUUUAGUAUACGAAUACAUGUCCAAUGGAUCUUUGGAAGAUCACCUUCUCGGAAGGAGAGCUAUUGAUAAUACAAGACCAACUGAGGAGCAGAACUUGAUUGCUUGGGCACAACCACUGUUAAAAGACAGAAGAAAGUUUACAUUGAUGGCUGAUCCAUUGCUCGAAGAAAAGUACCCCGUAAAGGCUCUAUAUCAAGCACUGGCUGUAGCAGCCAUGUGUGUCCAAGAAGAAGCUAGCACCAGACCUUUAAUCAGUGAUGUUGUCACUGCUCUUGAGUAUUUAGCAAUGACAAUAGAUGAAGGGACCGAUGCACCAGAUGCAUAA